CCCGCGCAUUCAAAAGGGCUGAUUCCCACGUAAGGGCAAGAGAGUUGCACGUCCGGGCUCCUCUACCGCCCGGUGGUGCAACAUUUGCCACGCCCACGCAGCCAGGGUGGGCGCGCAGUCCGCCCUGCUGGCUGGAGGCGGGAGCAGGCUGCUCUCUGCUCUCCUUUUGAAUAAGUUCAGUAGAAUAAUGGAUAGCCAGAGCACAGGACAUGGUGAGCCAUCCACCAAAGUCAAAGAGGCUGAAGGAGGCUGGGACAAAGCACGAGAAGCUGAAGGAGAAGACGGCGUAUCCUGGGAGAAAACGAGGAGCUGUGGUUAUGGUGAAGAGGCCCCAAACCUACAUCCGACCUUGCUUGGUAGACUGUCAGAAGGAGGAAGAGAACUUCAGCCUUCCCAGUCCUCCGGAGAAAAACACCUUAUAUUGCUGAAGACAGUGCAUCUGAAGAUGGAGGGAGAUGAUUUCCAAGGGAUUUGUCCUACCCUUCAGCAGGAUGGGCUUCAUUCCAUCAUCCAGCAAGAGACGAGCAUCUUGCAGCCUUUAGAGGUGAUGCCGCUGAGUGAAGGCGUUCAGGAGAACCCAGAGGAAGACUUGACAAUAAGUUUGCUAGAAGGCAUUUAUACAAUCCGUGAAAUGGAAGUGAUGCACGUUAAUGGUCUGAAGGAAGCACAAGUGCUUAAUGAGGAUAAAAGGUCAACCGAGAAGGCCCUGGAUGUCGUCUGGAUUAAGCAGAUAGAUCGCAGUAGAGAUAUAGUUGCAGAUGGAGGUAAGGACCAGGAGCUACUUGUAGCAGAAGAGGAAAGACAAAACCAUUCCUCGGUGGCUGAGGCAGCAAAGACUCUGAGCAGCAGAAUGAAAGGUGAUCCCUUACUGCUGCAGAGUUCUGAAAAUAAAGACCAAAGCACUGAAUUUCUGUCACAACAUCCUGGUGGAACAAGCACUGAUGUUACUUCAAGGGCCCAUCAGAACACAGUCCAAAGGAGAGAAGGAGACAAACAGCGCUGCAGCAUGUGCACGUUCACCUCUUACAGUACAUCGGGCCUUAAUCGACACUUGAAAAAACACUCUGAUGAAAAGCCACACAUGUGCCAUCUCUGUCUUAAGUCUUUCCGUACAGUUUCCCUCUUGCGUAACCAUGUGAACACUCAUACAGGGACUAAGCCAUACAAGUGUGGUGAAUGCAAUAUGGCUUUUGUGACCAGUGGCGAGCUUUCACGGCACAGGCGGUAUAAGCAUACUCUUGAGAAACCCUUUAAGUGCUCCUUCUGUAACUAUUGUAGUGUCGAGGCGAGCAAAUUGAAGCGUCAUAUCCGCUCACAUACAGGAGAGCGCCCUUACCAAUGUACUCUCUGUGCCUAUGCUAGCAGAGACACAUACAAGCUGAAAAGGCAUAUGGUAACUCACUCGGGUGAAAAGCCCUUUGAGUGUCUGAUUUGUAAGGCCAGGUUUACACAGGCAGGAAGUCUGAAGUUCCAUGUAUUGCACAAACACAGGAAAAAUGUGCCAAAAUACGAGUGUCCGCACUGCAAUACGACAGUUGCCAGGAAGGGUGAUUUAAGUAUCCAUUUGCGAAACCUGCAUUCCUACAUUGAAGUGCCCCUGAAGUGCAGUUACUGUGAGGUUGUCUUUCAUGAGCGCUAUGCUUUCAGACAGCACAAGAAGACACACAGAAAUGAAAAGAGAUUCAAAUGUGAUCAGUGCGGUUAUGCAUGCAAGCAGGAACGCCACAUGGUUAUGCACAAGCGGACCCAUACUGGUGAGAAACCCUUCGUUUGCAGUUCUUGCAGCAAAUGCUUUCGACAGAAGCAGCUCCUCACGGUUCACUUCAAGAAAUACCACGACUCCAGUUUUCAGCCAAGAGUCUACACAUGCCCUAAAUGUGGUAGGGGCUAUUCACGCUGGAAUAAUAUGCGUAAGCAUGCUGAACAUUGUGGACAGACAAGAGCCAAGAGACCCAACAAAGAAAGCAAGAACAAAAAGAAAGAACCCCUGAGAUCAACUCAUGAUGCUAAACAAGAAGCAGCUGCUUGUGUGAACUCUCAGUGCUUCGCCCCGUAUGGUGUUCCUGUUUCAACAUGGGAGAAAGAAGAAGCUAUUUUGGAUGAUGAGCAAGGAGGAAUGACUUGUGAGAUGAUCUUCAGCUUGAUGGACAAAUAGCACAGAGGAUACCUGUUAUUUCCGUUUGCAAAGCAGCAGUCUCAGGAAUAUAGAGGUGCUUAGUGGUGAAUGUUUAUGAUGUGUUCCAUCCUGGAUAAUGCUGGAUGGGCUUAAGGUUGCUAUAGUUGCAUAUCUUUUGGCAGUUCCUGGCUAGUGCCAUAAAAGGAAAUCCCUUUGUAUUUUCAAAAUAGUUCCAUGCAGGUAAUGUGCUUGGAAUCAUUUCAAAUAAUGCUGGUUUUCUAGCCAACAGCAAGUCACUCCUGAAUUAAAAAGUUGGAUUGUAGAUUGCUUCCAACUGUCUUCUUCAGUGUUGCAGCUUUGGUUAAAACAUAUUGGACUAAAAAUGAAUUUUGCCCAACAUAUGAUUUGAGUUGAUUCCUAAAUUGCAUUGAUCCAGCUCUCUCAAGUGACCAUGGCUGGAGACAACUUUAAAAAAAAAAAAUCUAGUGGUGUGUACGGAACUUUGCCUCCGCGGUCCAGCGCUGGGGUGGUGGUGGUGGUUCUUUAAGGGCAAGGGGUGCACUUACCCCUCCCACUGCUUUUUCCCCGCCGGCGCUACUUUUUAAAAAAACUUAUUGGGGCAGCAGCGUACCUCCCUGCUGCCCCUCCCCCCGUUUUAGGCUGGAAGUACCGUGCGUGCACCCGCACAUCCAACGCGCACAUGCGCACGGUACUUCUGACCACUUCCAGCCGAAAACGGGGGCAAGGGCAGCAGGGAGGUAUGCUGCCGCCCCAAGCAGGAGGGGUAAGUGCGCCACCGCCCAGCGCCGAAACUUCGAACUGCGCCACAUUCAAACCGGUUCAGAGGCCUCUACAAUGGCCUCCAGACCAGUUUGUGCACAUCCCUAAUUUUAUCCCCGAGAAUUGACAGCAAUAUGAGAGAGGCAUCAUUGCCUGUGAUGUGUACACUCAUCCUGUUGUUGUCUCUGGUCAAACCAGUUUCGCAGGUUUUUUAAUGCUUCAACAACUUGGCCAGAGAUUACAGUUGGGCAAGAAGAAGGGAGUGUGUACCCCACAAGAAAUGAUAAAUAUAAGAGACCAGUGUGGUGUCUGACAUCCUAAAUAAUGUUAUAUGUGUGCAAGCAAAAGAAGCACGCCUGACAUUGUCAUGCAGUCCAGCAAUAGCAGCACAACUGCCCACACCAAGCACUUCCCUGGGAAGGGGGGAACUGCGAAAAUCGCCCUCCCCACCACCACCACACACACACCAUUGAAAGCAGCAGAAAGCAUUGCUAAAGCAGCAGCAGCGCAACCAUGGGGAAGAGCUUCUUUUGCUUGCCCAUGCUCAGCAUUAGCUAAGAUGUUGGGUGGUCUUUCUCCAGCCUUUGCCAUGUAACUGGGAAGACCUUAUGCAGCCAGAUGGAAAUCAGUAUAUUUAUGCAAGAUUCCAAUGCAUUCUGCUUCUUUGGACCAGCCAUUUUCAGACUGCCUAUCUCUAAUCUGCCUUGCUGAAAACAGUACAUUUUAAAAUCUAUACUAUGGAACCAUUAUAAUCUGUAAACUCAUUUGCUUAUUGUAUAUUUCCAUGUAAUACAAAAGCAUGAAUAACUGGAAGAGAAGCUUUUUUUUCUGUUGUGAAAACUACUCCUGGCAGUAUUGACAAUGUUAGUCAUGCUCUCUCUCUUUCUUGAUCAUCCUGUUGUCACUUGGAAAAACACACACACACACACACACACACACACACACACACACACUUCAAACAACAUUUUCUUCUCCCAGCUCCAUAAAUCUUGCUGGCCUAAAGUUCACUUUGAGAGAAUUUAUGCAAUUAGUUUUUACAUGGAAAUGUCACCACAAGGUGACAUGCCUUUCUAGUUACACCUUCUUAUAAGCAUCAAUCUGUAUCUAGCACCUGUGAGUGUGGGUAAGAAAAGAGUGACACCAUGCAUUUUUACAGAGCCAAUUACCUGGUUAUGGGAAGUGGGAGUGGCUUAUUCCAGAUAGCCCCUCCCUCCCAGCUGGUGGUAGGUACUGUCCAGAAUGGCAGCCUCAACCAUCAGUGCAGCAGCAAAAAUAUAUCUACACAGAUGCUACAAUAAGUGGAAUGUUGGAUUGGCUUCAAAAUGCUUUUACUAAAAUACGAAUGGAUAAUUAGUUCAAAAUCGUUGGAACAUUAUGAGCCUCAAUAACAAUAGCUGAUACUGGCUGGCAUGAUAUACAGCCCACUGACUCUGUAAUGGUCCAUCUUGGGGCUGCUGCAGACUUCAAAGGCAGCCCCGAUACUAAUGUGAGGCAGCAGUUGUGGAAACUGCAUUUCCACACAUUUUGCCAUUGUCAUGAAUGGGGAAACCUCCAGAAGUGCAACUUCUACAAUCGCAGCUAAAAACAGCAUCAGAGCUACCUUUGAAAUCUGCAAUAGCAGGGAAACAUGGAAGUGGUUUGGCUACACAUCAUGUCAGCCACUGUACUUUUCAUUUUAUUGCAAUAAAGUUUGCUGUGGUGCUUUGCAAUGCAUCUUUUGUGACAGUUGCUCUACUUUUAACGUUUACUCAUUUUUAAGGAUGAAAAACCAAUAUAAUUAGUGCCGGUGACUUGAUUUGCCUAUAUAAAAAUGUGUUAUUACAGCAGUUUUGAAGCAAACAGUGCGAAGCAUUACUGAAAUGUUGGUGUUUUGUUGUGUGGCAAUCAAAACGAAUAAAUUGCUUUUUGUUUAAAUAAAGAAUGUGUGAACAAUGUC